ACUCCUCUCUCUCUCUCUCUCUCUCGCUUCUCUCUCAUCAGUCCUCCAAAUUUUUUCGACGAAAUAUCUCUCUUCGUUCUCUCUGCAAUCUUCUUCUUCUGAUCUUCAGCCAAUAAGCCCCUCUUCUCUCUCUCUCUCUCUCUCUCUCUCUCUCUCUCUCUCUCUCCCCCGGAUUUCUGCUGGCGGAUUCUCAAAUCUCACAGCGCUCUCCCUCCGCCUCGACUCAAUCCCAUCCUUUCCAGCUAGGGUUUGGCAUUUCUGAACUCGCUGUCCACUGAUCAACCCGGAUAAUGGAUUCGCGAGAUUCGUCAGCAACGUCCAAUUCGGUCGUGAAUCCGUCGGCGGACGAGGAAGGUGCCCCGUUCUCCGCUGUUGCUAAGGAGGCCGCCCUGCUGUUCCAGUCCCGCAAGUACACUGAGUGCCUCGAGCUCCUGCAUCAGCUGGCGCAGAAGAAGGAGCACGAUCCUAAGGUCCUUCAUAAUAUUGCAAUCACAGAAUUCUUUUGGGAUGGUUGCUCAAAUCCGAGGAGAUUGAUUGAAGUACUUAGUGAUGUCAAGAGAAAGAGUGAAGUGCUUGCCCGUACAUCUUUGGAACAGGUUGAGGCCACUAGCAAUGCUGGUAGCAGGGGCACCUUGGGUAGCAAGGGAAAUGCUUCAGCUCCAGAGCAUCAAAUAUCUGUUGCGAAUAAUACUAGUAUCUUCUAUGUGGAUGAAUUUGAUCACUCCGUGGCUAUACUAAACAUUGCAGUCAUUUGGUUCCACCUAUCUGAAUAUUCGAAGGCGCUUUCAAUUCUCGAACCAUUGUACAAUAAAAUACAACCAAUUGAUGAGACUAUUGCUCUUCAUAUUUGCCUCUUGUUACUGGAUGUGGCCCUAGCCUGUCAUGACAUAGCAAAAUCUGCGGAUGUACUCAAUUAUCUUGAAAAACCUCUCGACAAUGGGACCGCAAUUCAGCAACAGUCUGCUAACCUAGUUGUGAAGUCAUCAUCAGUUCCCAGCAAUUCAGCAGUUGCUGAUAAUUCUGAUCUAGGGACAAGCGCUGGUUUAAAUACCUCAGAUAAGUCUUUGGCAAGGACAUUGUCCGAUGAGACCCUUGACUAUGAAUCUAUGAUGUCAGCGCUGGACAUUGGUGGGCAUAAUCUAGGGAGUUCACAGGCUCUCUCAUCUUCAAACAACUUCUCGAGGAGUGUGUUCGAUAAGUCUCUUCCAUCUGUGGAUCUUAAGCUUAAGUUGCAACUUUACAAAGUCCGAUUCUUGCUGCUCUCUGGGAAUCUGAAAGCCGCAAAACGAGAGGUCAAGGGUGCCAUGAAUGCACGUGGAGAUUCCUCCAUUGCUAUCCUCCUGAAGUCACAGCUUGAGUAUGCUCGUGGGAACUACCGUAAAGCAAUCAAGCUUUUGAUGGCUCUGGAAAAUCGAACUGAAGGAGCUAUUGGGAGCAUGUUCUUCAACAAUCUUGGAUGUAUUUACCAUGAGUUGGCGAAGUUCCAUACUGCGAGCAUAUUUUUCACCAAAGCCUUGACUAGUAGUUCCUCUCUUCGGAAGGAGAAGCCUCUAAGGCUAUCCACUCUCUCGCAGGAUAAGUCACUCUUCAUCUCUUAUAACUGUGGCGUUCAGAAUUUGGCCAGUGGGAAACCUGUUCUUGCUGCUCGCUGUCUUCUUAAGGCUCAGACAGCUUUCUAUAACAAGCCCCUGUUUUGGUUCCGUCUUGCUGAGUGUUGUCUCAUGGCUUCAGAGAUGGGCCUUCUAAAAAAUGGCGGAGUUUCUUUGGAAAGUUCGGAACUGAAACUGUAUGUUAUAGGCAAGGGCAAAUGGAGGCGGCUUGCUAUAAAAGACGAGAGCUCCCGAAAUGGGCUUUCACAUUCUGCUGAAAAAACUGAUUGGUCUAUUAGCAGUAACGAUGGACAGCCUAAGCUAUCUCUUUCCCUCGCUCGACUAUGCCUCUAUAAUGCCCUCCACAUAUUGAGUUCUUGCGAAUCGGGUCUACACAGCAGUUCGUCUUCGCCUCUUGAUUCUUCAGAGGUAAAUGACUCAAGUGAAACCAGGAAUGUAAACCACAAGAUCUUGCAAGGUGUAGAGGCCAAGUUAUCUGCUAUGAACCUUGGACUUAGUCAAGUUACUUCAAAUGGUGACACAAAAGAGCAAAAGGCAGUAGUGAGCCAGGAGCUGAUUUCUAGCUCACUCUCCAUUUACGAAGAAACUUCUCGAAGGAAAAACAAGAUAGUCAAGGAGGCAGUUACUGCUAACCAAGCAUUUGUCGAGUUGGAGUUGGAGAAUCCAAUUGGAGCUUUGUCGUGCGCAAGAUCUCUCUUGCAAAUUCCUGACUGUUCGAGGGUCUAUGCCUUUCUAGGUCAUAUGUAUGCAGCGGAGGCUCUCUGCUUGCUAAACAGGCCAAGCGAAGCCUCUGAGCAUUUGUCUGUCUACUUAGCGGAAGGUAAAAACAUGAGGCUCCCAUUCACUGAAGAAGACUUUGAGCAAUGGCGAGUGGUAAAGAACUCGGAGUGUGAAGAAACAAAUAAUGGAGGAGGCCCUGUUAGUUCAAUUAUCUCACGGUCUGAGGAGCCGCAGAUUCUUACCUUCCUCAAGCCUGAGGAGGCCCGUGCAGCCCUUUAUGUGAAUCUUGCUGCCAAAUCUGCCAUGGAUGGGGAGCUUCAGAAGGCCCUCGAGUUGGUCAAUCAAGCACUGGUAAUGUCAGCGAAUAGUCGAGAAGCCCUACUAACUUCCGUGUACAUUCACCUCGCAUUGGGAAAUUCUCGAGAAGCUCUCUCCAAGUUAAAACAGCUAAGUCGUGUGAGGUUCCUUCCUUUUCCAGUUUCGAGCGAAUCUUCGUGAUGACCUUUCCUUUUUAUUCCUGCGGAGACAUGUCGGGUUCGGUUGUGUCAUUUAGCGCUUAGAUAGCAUUAGAUGGAUGGAAACCCGAAUGGGAAAUGUAACAUAAUAUAGAUUCUUUUCAGAUAAUAAGUUUUUCUUUUUUCUUUUAUCUUUUCUUUUCCUCAUUUCCCUUUCGAUUUUUGAUAUCUAGGGUUUCAUCUGGUUGGUGUGGCGGAGUCUUCGUGUAGGUUUAGUCGAUGUUUGCCCACCAAUUUAAGUGAGAGAGGUGCUGUAGUAGUUCUGAUUCAAAUUUCUGUUGCUCUACUGGCUAAGGUUGUUAGUUUGUAUUUUGAGGGAUAGGUAAGGCGUUACUAUGUGCCAUUAACAUCUAAAGGGGGCUCAUUUUUCAUCAAAUUUUUUUUCGGAUUUGGAAUGAUAUCUUCUUUCUAUGAGC